UGGCAAGAGCGUGGAAUAAUUGUGUCCAUUUUUUGGACCAAUAAUCGGUCGGUGGUGUUAGCGCAGCGUGCAUUUCGACGUCGAUUUCCUAAUCGUGUCGCUCCAACAGGACAAACAUUCCGCCGCUUAGCUACUCGACUCGAACAGACUGGAACCUAUGAGUACGCUACAUGGCCAUGAUUACUGCUGGAAUUGGAGGAGCGGGGCUUGGUGAACAUGUGGUUUCAACAAGACGGUGCAACCGCACACACAACACGAGCCACAAUGGAUAUAUUGUAAAGGAAGCGUUUCCUGGUCGCGUAAUCUUCCGUUCUGGUGAUUUGGCAUGGCCAGCAAGGUCGCCCGAUUUAACCGCCCCAGACUUCUUACUUUGGGGCUACUUGAAGUCGCAGGUUUAUGCCAACAAGCCUCAGACAAUCGCAGCCCUUAAAGAGAAUAUUCGACAGGAAUGCGAACAGUUAUCACCGGAAAUCUUGCGGAACGUCAUGGAAAAUGCGAUAAAACGGGCACAAUUGUGUAUCAACACUGGCGGCAGCCAUUUGACGGAUAUCAUCUUUUCCACUUAACAGAAAAAAUUGUAAAGGUCCUGAUAAAGAUUUCCAUCACUCAAAAUAUAUUUUUUUAUUUAGUAAAAAAGUUAUA